AUUGCCGCAGCCCACAGCUCCGCUGACGUGUUGCCAGAUAAGUUCUUGCAUUGCAAUCGUGACGUUAUUGACGUGGCUUCCUUCAAACCUUGUACGACCAAAAUCUCGCCCACCCCAAUAACUUGUCUUCCACCGCUUGAAAGGAAUAGAAUGAACCAAGACUACUAGAUGUUCAACAGUGUAGUACUUCAACCGGGAAUCCAAAAUGAAUGGUUAUAAUAACAGCUCUGAAGAUGAGGAUUGCGGCUAUUAUGAUCCACGAGCCGAGAAGCGGCAUCAGAGGCCACAACCUGGAAGAAGACAGAGAAUCUUGAAACAGAAUUAUCCCCGUGGAGACUACAGAGCACAGCACAAGCAGGCUUACUAUAACAGCGAUGGGGAGAGUGAACAUGACUUCUUUCUUGAGGGUAGGAGAAAGGACCAUAAUAACAUAAAGGUGAAGGAGAGGGCACGCACGAGUAAGAUUCAACCUGAAGAACUUGCUUAUACGCUUUCAUCUUUCCUAGGUUUCAGGGCCAGUUUAAUCGAACUCUUCGAGGACCACGGUCUUCAUCCUGCCAUGGUAAGAGUGAUCGCUGAAGAUAACCCACAGACAUUUUCCAUAAACAAACACUCCAUUUUUUUAAGACCUCGGAUCUCUGUCUGUUCUUACCACUUGAAAACUUCGGGAUGUCCCUCUAUGUCUAAAUGCGAUAGCUUUCAUAUUUGCUCUGAUUAUUUGUUCAGGACAUGCGAAGAUGAGUAUUGCUCGUUUGGACACAGAUGGCAGACAAAGCAUAAUUCUAAUUUGCUUUACAAGUUGCAUCUUCAUAACCUUUCAGUGGAUAUCUUAGAAGAGUUAGCAAAAAUGGAUACUCAAAGUAAAACUUGUAAUUACCCAUUAGAUAUUUGUUUUAAUUAUAACAGUAGAAACUGUAAGUUCAGAAACUGUAAGAGAUUGCAUUUGUGUCUUAGCUUUGUCACAAAUGCAGGAAAGUGCACUAAAACAUCAUGCCAGUUGAACCAUAAUAUAAAGGCGCCCUUUUGUCAGCAUCUUCUGAAAAAUCAUGGUAUCCCAACAGAUGAAACUCCAAGGGACACUCUGCAUACUCUUGUGAGUUUGAAUCCAAAACUGAGACAGCUUAUAUCAAGAAAUAAAAACCCAAAAGCUAAUCCUAAAAAUAUAAACCAAAAUAAUCAGCCUGCAAAAGCCAACAGUGACGCCUCUCCUAUGCCAAGUAACUCACAGGGGAAGAACCUUCAACAUGAAUUUUCUCAUAAAUCAAAGUCUUCUUGGUUUAAUGAGGUUAGCGGCGAUGUUGUUUUGCCCGAAAUAUGCUUUGAUUCAGUAGAAGGUAUCUGUAAAAACGAAAUGAAAGGAUGUCCACGGCUUCAUGCAAAGAGCCACUUUCACUGGCAGGUUUUGGGAGAGGACAAAAUAUGGUACAAUUUUUAUGAAGAUUUAGUAAUGCAUUUGGAACGGAGGUUUUGUGACCCAGCAUGUGAUGUCAUAAGUCUUCAUCUCUCUAAUACUCCUACUUUAGAUCCACUGGCCAAAAAUAUCUUAAAAUUAUUAGGUGUUGAUGUAUGGAAAGCAGAUUUUGAGUCAAUGACUCUUCACAAUAUUUCACAGAACAAAAAAUUAAAACUGAGGAGAUUAUGUACACAGAAAAUGUCAUCACAGAUGACAAAGGAAAACACAUACCUCUGGUAUUUCAAGGACAUCAAUCAGGAAUGGAUUCUAUAUGGAGGUGUGGACAGUACACAAAAUAACAAAAUGAAAAGUAGUCUUUCAUCUGUAGAUAUAGAGGAGCAGUUCUCAAAAAAUCCCUCUGCUUCACUGAAAUUUUCAACUAAUUAUUUUGAAUACAUUUUGGACUUUACCAAUAUGUGUCAGACUAAUCUACAGACAAAUGUAAGUCGUAAAGUAUGCAGGCGACCAUACCCCCAUCUUUUGCCAGCACAAAGAGGUAAUUCAUUCCAGGCAAUUAGUGCUUCAAAGAGUCAAUGGGCUCAUCAACAGAAAGGAGAUGUGAAAAUCCCUGAAAUUUGCUUUUACUCAGUAGAAAGUAGCUGUAAGUUUGAGACCACUGGGUGUGAUAGGCUACAUGCAAAACAACAUUAUUGUUGGCAAGUAUGCAAAAAUUUAGGUUCUUGGUUAAACCUGCAGCCAGAGCAAGCUAAAUGUUUAGAGCUCGCUUUCUGUGACCCUAAUGAAGAUGGUGUAACAGUUCCUGUAGUAGAUGAUUCAAAAAGUGAGUUUCCAAAUGACGCUUUGCUGGAUGUAAUGGGUCGGAGUACAUGGACAGCUGAUUUUCAACUUAUGAAGUUAAGGUGCUCAUCCCUAGGGGAAACACUGCAAUUGCGUCGAUUGUGCAGUCAAAUUGUUCCAGAAUGCUCUCUCAAGGCAAAUGAAUAUCAUUGGUACUUCAAAGAUAUAAAUGGUAAAUGGAUACUAUACGGACAGUAUGACAGCACUAAAAAACCUGGUAUGAGUAGUAAUAUCACGUCCAGAGAUAUUGAGAAACAGUUUCUAGAAAAUCCUUUUGUCAAAAUUCAUUUUCAUACAGAAUGUUACAAAUAUGUCUUAGAUUGCUCUAAAAUGACACAGGUCAACCAAAAUACAAAAAAAUGUAGAGAUGUGAGGAAGAGACCUAAACCACACUUCAAACUGUCUGGUGAAUUACCCAGCGUUCCUGUUCAUCUUCCAGUACACUGGGAAAUUAUGUCCCCCAGUGAAGUUCUUAGAGUUGAGAAGCUCUCAAGCUCUUCGUCAGAAUAUAAGAAAGUCGCUCAUCUUUUCCAAGGUAGUCUGCCGUCUGAAGUUAAAGUUGUGAAAGUUAGUAGAAUACAGAAUCCCCUACUUUGGAAAAUCUUUCAAAAGAAAGUCCUUUCCAAGGAAGCCAGUUCAGGUCAGAAAACGUGUCAACUUUUCCACGGCACCAGUCGUGACCUCUUGCCAAAGAUUUGUUAUGACAAUUUUGAUGCCCGAACUAAUGGCUCUCCGAGCAGAGGAAUUCCCUUCUCACAAGAUGCUGCAGGUGCUUACAAACAUUGUAAGACUACAAAAAAGGGCCACAAUUACUUGAUUAUCAGCAGUGUACUGGAUAAUUCCAUAGUACGCUCAAACAACCUAUUGGGUGGAUUUGGGGUAUUUCUCAAAAGGUUACAUAUUGGCGAAUGGAAAACAGAUGUAACAGAAAUAUAUCCUCAAUAUAUAAUUAAAGUAACCGGGAAUAUAACGAAGAAUCAGCCAUGUUAACGAACUCCACUCCAACUGAAAUAUAGAUGUAAGCUUCACUGCAUCGUCAUUAGUGUAUGGAGAUGAGUGAGAAAGUGCAAGAAGACGCGCCGUAUCUCAAAACCUCAAGAUACCUUUCCUCUCAUCCGGCGCCAUCAUUUGAUAGUGGUAAGAAAAUAAUGUUGUCAUUCGAUGAGACUGUAUCGGUGUCACUUUACUUACCAGGCAGCAUUAUGUGUGUUCUUCAUGGUUGUCACUAAAGCAAUAGUACUACCAUUUGUUUACUAAUUAUUCACUGCAGUUUGCAAUUAAGUUCAAACUUCUUGCCAAAUUAUGAAAUAUUAAAAGGUGUCCGAUGUAAUACGUAAUGCAGAUUAUUUGUAUUUCUUGCACGAUUUACUGUUAAAGAAUGUCAGAUUGUUAUUCAAAUUAAUUAUUAUUUUAUUAUUAUUAUUAUUAUUAUUAUUAGCAAUGUUCUCUGGGGAAAGUUGAUAUAGUGAUUCGUUUGCAUCAUGAUUAUUAUAAUUCACAGGAAAUCAUUCUUUUCGAGGGUAAGAUAAUGAUUUAUAUUCGUUGUUGACCAUUAUCCUUAUUAAUACCAUUAAUGAAGGGAAGAGUGAAUGAAGUGUAAGGCUAUUUUUUUCGGUGGACGUUCCUGUCAAUAUGAGUUACCACAGGCAUUAUUGUUAUUCGUUGCAGGUUUAAAAAACAUUGAAAACAUUCCUAAUUUACGAAGGGAAUGUGCUUGAAACUUUCUUUUAGUAAAUAAAAAUCGCUUUGUUGGAUAGAUGAAUGUUAAUGGAUUCUCUUUGCAAUUUUGUCUAAUCUGCGCAUUCUUCUUCACAUGUAUUCUAAAAUAUAUAAGAAUUGUCUUUGCUAUUACAGGUUGAAAGCACCUGAAGCUUAUUCGUGAUUUCUUGAUUUUUCUU